AAUGUAAGAAAAAAAAGAAAAAAAAAGCUUUGGAAUGAGGAGGAGGAGUGGCGUGAAUCCGCUCCACCACCGGCGUCGCCUCGCCGUGGCCUCUUCCUCUUCCUCUUCCUCCGCGUAUAAAUAGAUUCCCCUCUUGGGGCCUUGCCUUUCGCUGUCAGCCUCAGCCAAACUCUUCUCUUCUCUUCUGCCUACUUCCCACGCCACCCCCACCCUCGCCGCCGAUUCCGAUUCCGAUUGCGCUCGCCCAUGGCGGCCGCCGCUCUCCGCGACCAGCUCACCGCUCUCCUCUCCUCCAUGUUCUCCCAGGGUUUGGUGGACGAGCAGUUCCAGCAGCUGCAGAUGCUGCAGGACGAGGGGGGCACCCCGGGCUUCGUCUCCGAGGUCGUCACCCUCUUCUGCGACGACGCCGACAGGAUCAUCAACGAGAUCGCCACCCUGCUGGAGCAACCCGUCGUCAACUUCGAUAAGGUCGACGCCUACGUUCAUCAGCUCAAAGGCAGCAGCGCCAGUGUUGGUGCUCAGAAAGUGAAGUUCACUUGCAUGCAGUUCCGUCAGUUCUGUCAGGACAAAAGCAGAGAUGGGUGCCUUAUGGCAUUGGCUGUUGUGAGAAACGACUUCUAUGAUCUGCGCAACAAGUUUCAGACUAUGCUUCAGCUGGAGCAGCAAAUCCAGGCUUAUGAUCCCAAGCAGCAAUAAUUGAAGCAAAAGAGUGUAGCUGCAUGUGAUCUCACAUGAUAAAUGUAUCUUUGAAGAUGUAGACCAUGUUCAAUGGGCUUCUGGCUUAGAGUGUGUGCGCGUGUGCAGAAUCAAAUCAUUUGGUUUGAGGCUUCAUGCUUCCAACUUUGAGCUCAUAACCCUUUAAUUGUUAGUGACAACUGAUCGUCUAGUGUCGAUGUACCUGUUACCUGUCUGUGUUCGGUUGUCUGCCACCUUUGCAAACUCUUACUGGUUGUCUGGUGACUUGUUUAGCUGGCUUGUGACUUUAGGAAGGGAAAGUGUGUGAAAUUGCACCAUAAUUUCUGACUUAAGAGUUGUGAAGUCUUGAUGCUGGGUGGUAUACAAGUCUAUAAACAACGAUCACCCUGUUUAAUAUCAACAUGAACAAGCAUCCGUAUUCAGUUUUGAGAA